UGCGGGGGAGGAAGGCGAGUUUUGCUUCCCGACUGCUUUUUCUAUCCGCGCGGUAUCGCGGCUCCCUUUGGCCUCCGAUCUCUACGCCUUCUCCAAACCACAGACGUUUCCUGUUGCUCUCUGAUUCCAGGACCUUCUCCACAACUAGACCACUUUCCCUUUUAGACCUGACCUCUGACUCAAAGGUCAACUCAAGGUGAUGGGAGGGGUAGCCUAAGUUUCCUCAGUCUUUAGCCCUGGGUCCUUAAGUCUCACCCUUUAGGAACCUCACUACAGGCCUGAGCCUUCAUAUACCAAAACUGAACCACGAGUUUCUAAAUCCUGCCCGGGAGAAUUAGUGAACAACGCCCUCCCUGAGCCUCCCAGCACAACACAGCCCGUCCCAGCCUCAUACACAAACCCGAUUCCAGAUAUAAGGACCCCACCCUGUUAAACUCCAGAUCCUUUAUGACUUGAGUCAGCCCCAGUCCCUGCUCCCAUGGUUUCAAAUUUUAGCCCUGUUUUUUUCAGACCCACUGCUCAAUCCCCAAAUUCUGGAACUCCGCUCCAAAACCUUUAAAAUUUCUGUCCCUGAGAACAACCCUUUGCCUCUCCCAUUCUGAACCCUUCAACCCGCCUGUAGACCCCAAAAUGACUUCUCCAUGCUGCCAUCCCCCAGACCCCCCAAUCCCUCCUCCAAGAACCCCUGCACCCCAGGCCCCCAUAAUUCCAUCUCUUCCCCUGUCCCCCGUUCCUCGGAACUUAGCUUUUCCACCAGCUCCCUCGAGUCUGCAGGCCUCUAUUCCUCCACCGCCCCCAUUGCCUCUUCCACCCCCUGCCAUGGGUGCUGCUCCUCCUCACGUCUUCGGCCUGGAGAAAAGCCGGCUCCUGAAGGAGGCCUUGGAGAAAGCCAGCCCAGUCCCUAAGGGCAGGGAAGAUGUGAAGAGGCUCCUGAAGCUGCGCAAGGACCGACCCCUUCAGUGGCGAUGUGCUUCCAGCAAUGAAGAAAGCUGCCUUCAUAAAUGCCUAGUCCAGUGGGGGAGACAGACCCUCCACCCCACCAAACGGUUCCGAAGUGACUUGCGGUGGAUCCUCUUCUGUGCUGACCUGCCGUCCCUCAUCCAAGAAGGCCCUCAGUGCGGGCUGGUGGCCUUGUGGAUGGCAGGCACUCUCCUGUCACCCCCCAGCGGCAUCCCCCUGGAGAGACUCGUGCAGGUGGCCAUGGAGCGAGGCUACACAGCCCAAGGAGAGAUGUUCUCUGUGGCUGACAUGGGCAGGCUGGCCCAGGAGGUGCUGGGCUGCCAGGCCGAACUGCUCUGCGGUGGCCUGGGUAGUCCCAACAGAGACCUCGUCCUGCAGCACCUUGUCAGCGGACAGCCCCUGCUCAUCCCCUACGAUGAGGACUUCAACCACGAGCCAUGUCAGAGGAAGGGCCACAAGGCUCACUGGGCAGUGAGCGCAGGGGUGCUCCUGGGCGUGCAGGAUUUGCCAAGCCUUGGCUACAGUGAGGAUCCUGAGCUGCCAGGGCUGUUCUACCCAGUGCCUGGCAUGCCCUGCCAGCUACCAUCCCUGCCAGAGGAGGGCUUCCCAGGAGCUGUCUACCUCCUCUCCAAGCAGGGCAAGAGUUGGCACUACCAGCUGUGGGACUAUGAUCAAGUCCGGGAUAGCAACCUGCAGCUGACAGACUUCUCACCCUCACGGGCCAACGAUGGCCGGGCGUAUGUGGUGCCUGCUGGUGGGGUGCGGGCUGGCCUCUGUGGCCAGGCCCUGCUCCUCAGACAGUGAGACUUCAGCCACUAGCCAAAGCUGGGGCCAUGGGUUGCAGCCUGGCUCUGUCACCAUUUGAAGAGUAUCCCAGCUUCUCCCUCUGUGCCACUGCCCAUAGGUUUGGGCUGGAUUUCUGAGGGCCUCCUGCACAGAGACACUUCAUCAGGGUCACCCCCAUCAAUCACAUAUCAAUCCUGGUCAUCGUCCCAACUCCCCACCCCCUUCACUGUUGAGCACCAACUAAACCUUUCUCCAUGGAGAGACUGACAACAACUCAGACCUCAUGACCUGUCCACCUGAAUGUUGUGUCCCUCCAUUUCUCACUGGGAACGAACUCUCACAAACCACUGUCCCCUUACUGGACUUUUGCAAGAGCCUGCUGUUCUUCCUCCCACCCCCACCUGCUCCCAGGGCAGGGACUACACUCUUCCUCUCCUCAGCUCACCUCUUCUUAGCCCAGGCUGUUCUUCCUCACGCUUUCUGCCUGCCAGCUGUACUGGCCUUUCAGGUCCCUGGAGUGUGGUACCUGUUCCCACCCCUGCAGCACUCUGCUAAAGAUCGCUCCUUAACUUCUCCAUCUUGGCUCAGGUAUCACUUCCUCAGGAAGAUUCCCUCAGCCCCAGACCAGGCACCCUUCCCCCACCUUAUUUUUCUUGGGGGGGUGGGUGGGAGGGUUAAGUCCCACCUGGGAGCAGUUAUGUGUGCCAACCCUUUUACUGGUGUCAGUUCUUGAAAUCCUUCAGUCCUGUAAGGGAGGUACUAGAUUCCCACCAUUUGAUGACAAGACUGAGGUCUGGAGAAGUAGAGUCACUGGCCUAAGGUCACACAGCUGGUAAGUGGCAGGAUAGGAUUAAAACCAGGUAGGUAGCGUCUAGCCACAGCCAGGCUAUCUCCUGGCUCCCUGAACUUCAUGAUGGUGCUGACCACAGACUGUGUUUUUUCUACCCACCCAUACAGACAUAUAUACAGUAUAUAUAGUGAGCAUGUGUGAUUAUGAGUUUAAUGAAUACUUGUCACUUCCACUCAAAGGGGAGGAACAAGACUUUCUUGGUCACUGCUAUGUCCCUAGGUCCCAGGAAAGUGUCUCAUUUAGGGUAACUGUACAGUGUAUUGUUUCUAGCCAGUGAAUGAGGUGAAGAGGAGGCAUGACUCCCAUCCCAACCCUGAUCAUUCUGCCCAUGUUGCCCACAUCCCAGCCCUGAUUCUUCAGGUGGCACUGUCCUGGGAUCCCACCCCCACCCCCACCCCCCGAGGAAGGGGCUUGGAGCUAUCUUGGUCACCACUGUGUUCCCUGCAUUGUCCAGCACAGAGCCAGGCACAAGAAUGGCAGCUCAGUGAAUGCAGAAUGAAUAAAGCAGCCUGCUCUGAGCCUGCCUCUACCCCAAACUAACCAUUACCCCACUGGUCUCUAAUGUUCAGAAUAUGAAUUUGAGUCCACACACCCCAGAUGCAAAAGAAAAAACUUC